AUGGAUGUGUUCUCCGUACAUGAGUUAGACGAUAUGAUAAAGGAGAUAGGUUAUAUCAACGGUGAGCCUAUCUACUACCACUUCUUGAUUCCAGAGAUUGAAAUCGAUUAUGGGUUACUUCCUUUAGGUAAUGACUCAGACGUACUUUUGUUAAGUAAGCAUGUCGCUAAUCAUAAAGAGAUUAAGGUGUAUACUGAACAUGGAACUACUAGACUCCAUACAUACUUUAUGUCUCCAAAUAAGGUCUUAUUGGAAGAAAUCAAUGAGCCUAUUUCUCCGGAACUCAAUCGAAAAAAGUUUACAAGUACUGAGGUUGGACAUUUUGAUAGAGAUGUAUUGAAAGAUGUUGGAGUUCAGCCUGCAAGUGAGGAGCUUAACAAAGCCCAAGAUGUUGGACCUUCAGAAGACUUUGAUCCUUUCUUUUAUAUGGAUCAUAAUGAUUACCAACAGAUGGGGGACGAUGAUUACCAACAGAUGGGGGACAAUGAAGAAAUUGGAGAUGCUAUUAGUGAUGAGACUAGUACCAAUGGAAGUAUAAGCGAGGAUAGUGACUUUUUAGUGGAUGAACUUAAUAUGGUGGAGGAUGUCGAAGUGAAUAUGAAAGACUUCCACAGUGGUGUUUAUUCUUUUCCAAAUCUAGAUAACCACCAAUCAUUCAAUGCACCUGAUGUCACAGUUGAUGACGAUUUGGAGGUGAUAGAUACACAGUUGUUUGAAUCAGCUGGUGUAGAAGAAGAUGAGAGGAAGAAGUUAAUGAGAAGGUUAAACAAACCAACCACGUGUUCAUCAGGAGUAGUACAUGAAACUGCAUUCUAUCUGGGUCAAAUAUUUAAGUCCUCAUCAGAAGCAAAGGACUACAUUAAAAUGCAUUCAAUUCGAACUAGGAGAAACAUUUAUUUUGCAAAAAAUGAUAAACAAAGAAUUCGGGCAAAAUGCAGGGGUGUGGUCCCAGAAAUGACAGGUGGGCCAUGGACAAAAAGUAGAAUCAAAUGCAAGGACAAAACAGUAAGUUCACAAAAAGCAACAUGCCCUUGGGUGGUAUUAAUUUCUAGAUCUGAUGAAGAAAGCGAUUGGAUGGUGAAAACUUUGGUUCAUGAGCAUAGAUGUGUGCAGUCAAGAUCUAUUAAAGCGUGUACUUCUAAGUUUCUUGCAACCACCAUUCUUCAACAAGUGGAAGGAAACCCAACUAUCCCAGUCAAAGCUUUGCGUGUAGAGUUACAAAAGACAUACGAGGUGGGGAUGUCAAGAAUGAAGGUCUUUAGGGCUAAACAGCUUGCACAGAAACAUGUUCACGGAGAUUAUGAAAAGCAAUACAGCCUUCUCAGGGAUUAUGUACUAGAAUUACAAGAGUGCAACCCAGGAACAACUGUGAAGAUUGAUGUAUAUAGUGAACCAAAUGCAAACUUGGAAACUAGGAUGUUUAAGAGAAUUUAUGUCUGUUUAGGUGCAUUAAAACUGGGUUUUAAGGCAGGUUUAAGAGAUUUCUUAGGAUUCGAUGGGGCUUUCAUGAAGGGACCUUACCCUGGACAGGUUCUCACUGCUGUGGGUCUUGAUUCUAAUAAUGGGAUCUACCCACUAGCAUAUGCCAUAGUUGAAGCCGAGAACAAAAGCUCAUGGAGUUGGUUUCUAGAGUGUCUAGGUGAAGAUUUGGAGCUGUCUACAAAUUCAAACUUCACAUUUUUUUCUGACAGGCAAAAGGGGAUUUUACCUGCCAUUGCCAACCUAUUCCCUAGCGCUGAACACAGGUUUUGUUUAAGACAUAUUCACGAAAACAUGAAGCUACAAUGGAGGGGGAAGGAGCACAGAGAUCAUUUAUGGGAAUGUGCAUCAGCAACAACAGUUAGACACUUUGACAGAUUCAUGGAAGAUUUUAACAAGUUCAAUUCAAAGGAAGAGCACAUACAGAUAUUUUGUUGA